AUCCACAAUCCACAAUGCUCUCCCUCCCCCUCAUAACACCCCGCGAUGACUCCACCCUCUGGCCCUCCCACCCCUCUUCGCGCCUCCCCUCCCUCGACAACCCCCUCCCAGCAUCGACAGACGCAAACAACGCGCCCCUACCGCACCACCAGCAACACCGCCGCCCGCACUCGCACCACACCCAUGCCGGUUCGACGCGGAGCACCCUCGCCUCCUUAGCCGCGGAUGAGAACUCGAUUCUGCAGCGCAAGCAAAAUGUGAGACGCUUCGGCGCGGGCUGGAUCCGUCCCCCCGGCGUGCCGAAGACGUACCAGGCGACUAUGGACGAGGCGGCCGAGCGCGAGGAGCAGGAGAUACUCGCGCGGCGGGAGCAGGCGCUCGCCGACAUGGCUGCGCUGCAAGAAGCGGAGGAGCUGGCGGCGCAGCGGGAGGCGGGCGAAGAAGAGGGAGAAGAAGAAGGAGAGGAGGAGCGGGAUUUGGACGACGAAGUGCCUGAGGCGGAGGCGGAGGAUAGCGAUGAGGUACAGAGCACGAGCGAGCUUGGGAGCGAGGAUGGGCUUGAGCAGACGGAGGCGGAGAUGACGUUUAACGAGGACUCGUUUAUUGAGGGGAGUAUGGUGCAGGCGGAUGUUGAGCAGAUGCUGGAGUUGGAGGAGGCAGACAUGGCGGGCGUGUUGCAGGAUGAGCGGGAUUUGGAUGAUGAUGUGCCUGAGGCGGGCAGCUAUCAGCAUACGGAUACGGAGCUGGAGGAUGAGAGCUCGGAGAUGGAGGAGAUGAGCUUUGAGCUAAGGAGGGAUGGCGUCAAUAGGCCACCGAGGGGGAGUAGGAUGGCGGCGAGGGGGGGAGCUGCUGCGAGGACGAGUAUGUUUAGUGAAGAUGGGAGCUCCAUGAUGGGCGGGAGCUCGUUUGUGGGCAGCUCUCCUGCUGCGGCGAGGGGGCCUGGGCUGGGAAAUGCGUUUAGGAAUCGGCUGAUGAGGCCGCCUGCGCCGAGAGGAGGUUGAAGGUAUGGGCAAGUUGGGUAACAUAGAACAGCCUCUGAAGACAGCAUCUAGGUAGGUUGUUGAGCAUGGAUAUGCGAGUCAUCUCCAGCGCCGAGUCAAGAAGCGACACGUUCUUGAGUUAGAUAGAGGUGCUAGUAACCUUUCGACGAUGAAAGCAUCCGCGGCGUAUCGCUAACAGUAGGUAGUGUGUGGUACUAUAUCAUGCUCAGGUAGAGUCUACUACAAGCACGCCUUCUCGUACUAAGUCCUCUCUCUUCAAUCUUGGUUCUUCUUUCUUCUGAAGGAAUUAAGCCGCUUUUUCAGCUCGGCUCGAUGUCCAUUCGUUAUAAAAACAGGAGUACCAGACAGAGAAGACUCGUUAUUUUCUAU